AUGUCCAUUUUAUCAAAGAAACAGGUUGUCUUCUUUACCUGUCCAUUGGCAAUCGUAGACAACAUGUUCAGACAGAAGAAAGAGAGAGCCAGAGACAGACUCGGGACAAUGCAGGACCUCUACAGGGGGGUGACCAAUGCCAACUGGGCCGCAUUGUCGUUACAGCAAAAUGGACAUUUGAAACAUGCAUUGCAGUCGUGGCUUGACUUGAACUCGUAUGCCGACGAAUGUGUGCAGAGACUCAACGAGGAGCUCAUUGGGGUGCAGUUGGCUCCAGAGGAGAAACUCAUAUUGGACGAGUUGAACAAGCUGCGUGCAGAAGUGGAGGACAACUACCAAUCGUGCCGCAAACUCGUCCAAGAACAACAGAACCUUCAGCAAAUUCAACAACAACAGAACCUUCAGCAGAUUCAACAACAACAGCACCUUCAGCAGAUUCAACAACACCACCAACAGAACCAUGUACAACACACCCUGCGGUCAGGCAACGGCGUUGUCCAUCCAAUGAGAAGGGGGAACAGGAUGAUCAAAUCCUUGAGACCCGGAGGAGCUACAAACUACUCAACGACAUCGACACCAACUUCGUCGACACCGUCAGCUACAUCACCUACACAUUCUGCGACACACCUAUCUGCUUCCACAUCAAACAUCCAUCAGAACAGUGCAAGUGCCAGACAUGCGGCAAACUUGAUCUGGUCGCCCUCAAACUCAUUGACCCCAAGGGACGAGUUUGCGGAUUUCUCCUCAACUUCAACCAUUAGUGAUCGCUCCAAGGCUGCAUUGAAGGCUGCAGCCAAAGUGAAGCCCCCAAGACGCCCAUACAAACCUAAACCAGAGCAAACAAGAUCCUUUGAAAAUAAAUCACCACCAACAACAAAUGCAUCCAGAUCAAACAGUCCUGCAUCACAGUCGGCACCUCCGGAAUUGGACCCUGAAUUUGAUCAUAAUUACAGUGGAGGAUUACCACCAUCGAGGCGGGGGAAACAACCACAGAUUCGAGGCAAAGAUUCACAACAACCUCCAUUGGAAGCUGUUGAACCUUCUAAGGAUGAACUGAACGAUGAUGAUGCACUUUUAAAGAAAAUCAAGGGUGUUGAUAUUAGAUUCACAAGGAGUAUCUUGAUGGAAUCCAAUAGAGACCAAGAUAAGGUGUAUUGGUCCGACAUUGCUGGUUUAGAACAGGCAAAGGAGUCGUUGAUGGAGACUGUUGUUUAUCCAUUUUUACGGCCAGACCUAUUUAGAGGGUUACGAGAACCAGUUACUGGAAUGCUACUAUUUGGUCCUCCUGGUACCGGUAAGACCAUGCUUGCACGCGCAGCGGCAACCGAAUCCAACUCCACUUUCUUUAGUAUCCAAUCAUCAUCGUUGGCAAGUAAAUGGUAUGGUGAGUCUGAACAACUAGUACGUGCCUUAUUUGAAGUCGCCAAAGCCAAGGCGCCAUCAAUUAUUUUUGUUGAUGAAAUCGAUUCCAUAUUAGGCCAACGUUCAGGUGAUGGAGAGGACAAUGCUGCAUCAAGAGUGAAGAAUGAGUUUUUGGUUCAAUGGUCCGACUUAUCUAAGGCAGCUGCUGGUCGAGUUGAUGAUGAAGGUGACAAUGGUAAUGGUGAUAGUAAUGGAGAUGGCAAUGUGGGGAACAGCAAUUCUCCUGCUAGGGUUUUAGUUUUGGCAGCUACUAACCUGCCAUGGGCCAUUGACGAUGCAGCCCGUCGUCGUUUUGUACGUCGUCAGUAUAUACCGUUACCAGAGCCGGAAACCAGACGGGCACAUUUCCAGAAGUUGUUGUCGAGCACGCCCAACGACUUAAGUGAAGAAGAUAUGGAUGAAUUGGUAGCCUUAACGGAAGGGUACAGUGGGUCUGACAUCACCUCCUUGGCGAAGGAUGCAGCCAUCUGGCCGAUCCGAGAGCUAGGGCCUCGAAUGCUAGGGUUGAAAGAGGUUGAGAUUAGGCCCAUCAAUCUCAGCGAUUUCAAGAAAAGUGUCCAGAACAUCAAACCCAGUGUGAACCAAGAAGGAUUACGUAAAUUUGAAGAAUGGGCCCAUGAAUUUGGUUCUAGAGGUUGA